AUGGCUCAUGGAAAUUUCACCCAAGUCACUGAGUUUAUUCUCACAGGAGUCUCAGAACGUCCAGACCUCCAGAUCCCACUCUUCUUUGUCUUCCUGGUCAUCUAUGGACUGACCGUGACAGGCAACCUAAGCAUCAUCACCCUCACCAGUGUGGACUCUCGGCUUCAGACCCCCAUGUAUUUUUUCCUCAGGCACUUGGCCAUCAUCAAUCUUGGCAAUUCAACUGUCAUUGCUCCUAAAAUGCUGAUCAACUUCUUAGUAAAGAAACACACCAUCUCCUACUAUGAAUGUGCCAUUCAGCUAGGAGGGUUCUUGGUUUUCAUUGUAGCUGAGGUGCUCAUGUUAGCUGUGAUGGCCUAUGACCGCUAUGUGGCCAUUUGUAACCCCCUGCUCUACAUGGCGGUAGUGUCUCGGCGGAUCUGCCUUCUGCUGGCUUCCCUCACAUACCUCUAUAGCUUUUCCACAGCUGUUGUGGCCUCAUCUUCUGUAUUCUCUGUGACUUACUGCUCUUGCAAUAUCAUCAAUCAUUUUUAUUGUGAUAUUGCCCCUCUGCUAGCAUUGUCCUGCUCUGAUACUUCCUUUCCAGAAACAUUUGUGUUCAUAUCUGCAGGUACAAAUCUGGUGUUUUCCAUAAUUGUAGUUCUUGUAUCUUAUUUCAACAUUGUUUUGUCCAUUCUUAAAAUACGUUCAUCAGAAGGAAGGAAAAAGGCCUUUUCCACGUGUGUGUCACAUAUGAUGGCGGUGUCUGUCUUCUAUGGGACGAUGAUAUUCAUGUAUGCACAGCCUCAAACUAACCAUUCUAUGGAUACUGAUAAAGUGGCCUCUGUGUUUUAUACUCUGGUGAUUCCCAUGCUGAACCCCAUAAUCUACAGCCUGAGGAACAAGGAUGUGAAAGCUGCCUUAAAGAGAUUUCUGACAAAUCUGUGCUGUUCUUUUAAAUUGAUGUAG